UUCUGAAUUCAUUCAAACAAUCCCGUUCAAAAGAAAGAUGGACACACAAAAUCACACUUCUGAAUAGCAGAGACUACCAUACCAUAGAUUCGACAAAAUACUACUACAACAAUGAAGUUUGUACUUGGAAUUACCGAUCAAUUGCCGUACGAUUGGCAAGGAGAGCCUCGCUGGAAUCAGAUGCUCACCAUGUCUUCUGACGAUUCCUUCUAUAAGAUUGCUGACACGUUGUGCGAAUCGACGACCAAGAAAGAGCGGCAACUUGGAGGGUUUGCCUAUCAUGCGGAUACACAAUUCUGGACCAUGAAGAUUACGUCUCAGAGGGAGGCAAUGAAAGAGUGCAGCCCUUAUCGAUACGGCGGUGGUGGAUCUGUUCAAAUCGUCCGGGAAGAAAUGGUGGGCAAAUACUCGACCAAGUCAAAGCAUGUGCUUCCUAGCAGUACCAUGAUCACUUCUACGCUUCUACAUGAAGGUCAAGUCAUCUUUUUCUAUCACGAUGAUACCGAACGAUUCCUGAAGGUUCUGGAGGUGCAACACUAACUACGCACGACUGUGAUACGAUGUGGUAGUUGGAGAAGUCGAGAUGAAAACGCGAGGGCUUGCUGUGGAUUCGAUGCACGGGUUGCAGGAGUAGAAUCUAAUGUAUUCAUAAAGUAGUCUCUCAAAGCAAGGAAUCGGUCUCCGUACCGGUACGAUCC